GUGCAGUCAGUGGAGAUCCCAAAACGAAAAUGCUAAACGAAGUAUACUAAGGAGGAACGAGAAAGUUGAGUGACAGAUUCAAAAACUCUGGUUUGGAAAGAAAAGUAAUCAAGAAACUUUGUCAAGUAUUUUAUAUUGGACAUAUACUGAAACGAUGAUCAGAAGCGGGUACGGUAUCUAAGAAGGACUGUGAACCAUUUCUACUGCUGUGCUAGAGGUCUCCUGAAGAGCGUAACACAGAAAGGAGGCCUUUGACUUUGAGGAUCUUGCCUGUAUUGUGGAUUAGUUUUUACCCCCUACAUUUCUUCUGCACCUCCUCCUCAGCUCGGAGCAGCGGAGGAGGCGAAAGCGUAGCUCUUGCAGUAAUGAAGUACAGCUACCAGAACCUCGUGUCUCAGUACACACGUCCGAGCACAUAUACACCAACACACUACACCCCUACGCAUUACACACCGAAGCAGUACUCUACAAGCUCCUACUCCACAAGUUACUACAGCCCGGAAAAGUACACACCGACCUACUACACUCCUCCUGCUUACACUUCGGCUUACAAAAGCACUUCUUCCUCAUACAAGCCAGUCUACAACAAGGCCUCACAAUAUGUCAGCAAUCAGAGUACACCUGUACAUCAGACAUCCGUUGUAACACGCAAGCCUGCUCGGACUGUCCGCUUUACCAACGAUGUCAUCUUCCAGGACCAUGUCCGGCAUGGAGAUCUGGAAAUGGUUGGCCGCUUUAUGAGAGCGCGGAAAGUGCGAGUGGAUACAAUCUUCCAUUCUGGCAUGGCAGCUCUCCAUGAGGCUGUUCUCGCAGGGAACCUGGAGUGUGUGAAGCUUCUUAUAAAAUAUGGAGCUGAUGUUCAUCAAAGAGAUGAGGACGGCUGGACACCUUUGCACAUGGCCUGCAGUGAUGGCUACCCUGAGAUUGCGAAGUAUCUGCUUUCUUUAGGGGCUAGUACAGAAGCUGAGAAUGCAAACGGGGAGAAGCCAGCAGAUCUUAUUGACCCUGACUGCAAAGAGCUGGUCAAACUGUUUGAAGUGGGCUGUGGCUAACGGGCAGCAAAAGGAAACACCCCCCGACACACACACACCCAAAAAACUACAAGAAAAUGGUUCCUCUGGACUCAAGUCUGUCUAAGAGGAUGGAGCUACUAUAAUGGAAGAAGGAAAUUAAGAUAUUUUCUUAUGUGAUAGAAAAAUCACCUUUUUGUGCAUGUCCAUAUAGGAAUAUACUGUAAGUGCUUGCUGCUUUCCUUCAUACAUACUGUAUACUUUUUUUCGUACUGUCAUAUUUCCAUCCUAAAAAAUCUCCCUUCCCAACUACGCAGUUACUACACACAUGCUAUUGCCUCUGAAUGUCUGAGUACAGCAUGACCUUCUUCCGGAGCUCGGAUUACACUGCACCCUAACUCCGGACACAGCCAUAUCCUUUCAUCAAUGUAGUAAAGAACUCCAUCCAGUGCAGGCCUUACAUUUCGAGCAUGACGGUUCUCAUUUAAAAUCACACAAGGGCCUGAUAUAAUGUUCAGAGGUUUGUGCAUAAUACAUAAAAUGUAGCUAAGCACACAAUUCUGCCAGUGGUUUAAGGUGCUUGUAACACAAGGUAUAUGUACUUGACCUGAACCUGUUCAGAACAGAAAUGGAUCUCUUGUCUGCAGGGCAGCUUGAGACAACACUAUAAACAUGUGCAUUUUAAGAAUGAAAAGUGUAUAUCAGCAAAAUACUGUACUUUCUGUACUGCGAAAUGUGAGUGCACUAUUUCUACAAAACAUGUGGAAUUUGUCAUGUAAAGUCUUAUGUUUUUCUCUUUUUUACCGUUUUCAUAAAUAAAGGUGCUUUUUAUCGCUUUA